CAUCCUGAACACCAUAAUUGACCAAAAGAAGAGCGAUCAUCUUUGUUCUUGAUUUCCACUUCUCAUCUUCUGACGACUGAAAAAUGGCGCAGCAGUUUGUGCAGACCAAAAUCAGAGGAGACAAAGUGGUGCUCUUUAUUAAGCCCACGUGUUCGUUCUGCAUUACGGCCAAAGACGUGUUGUCAAAGUAUAAAUUUAAGCCGGGACAUUUGGAGUGCAUUGAUAUAAGUGGACGGGCCGACAUGGACAACAUGCAGCAGUACUUCCUGGAACUCACCGGAGCCCGCACGGUCCCACGGGUGUUCAUCGGAGAGGAGUGUAUUGGAGGCGGCAGCGACGUGGCGGCACUGCAUCAGAGCGGCAAACUGGAGACCAUGCUGCAGUCUAUUGGAGCCCUGCAGUGACCCGCUGCACAGCUCCAGGCAUCCAGGUGAGGUCACAUGACUAUGCAGCGGGACUUGCGUAGCUUGCGCCGCCGCUGCUGGUACUCGCUGAGCUCCUGCAGGUAGCCUCUGGAUGGCCAGCGUAGCCUCUCCACCUGCUCCCGCUCCUCCUCUGGAAAACACCAAAACAUAGAAACUGAGAUCUUCUGCAAAACACAUCUCCGUCAUUAAUAGAAGAUUUCCCGAUCCUCGCACAUACAGUACUCACACUAACAGCCUUGGAUUGUUUCCAUAACUACAACUGAAAUCAGAUAUUGUUUACACCAACAAGCUACAGAGGAGUAGCAGUGAUCGAUCAUGUGCUGUUUCCUUAUUCUGGCCUUUACUUCUCCUGUGCCCUUAAGUACCGUCCAAUGACCUUAAAGGAUUCCCGUGUGUUUGACUAAUGAUGAUAAUAAAAUGUGCUUCUGCUUCUAA